GUUUUUUUUUUUAAUUCUUUUUUCUUCUUAAAAAAAAAAAAAUUACCUGAAUAGAUAUAUUUUAAAGUAUACAACCAUGAUGUAAUUAAUUUAAGACUGAAAUUUUAAAAUAUUUAUAGAAUUUUUACAAUCUUAUAUAUUUUGCGUACAUUAGUCGAAUCCAAGCCUCGUUUUCAGUUAGCGUCACUUUGAAUUGAGAUUGUUAGUUUGAGUUAAAAGAUGUUGUUACUUUGGAUUUGUCUGGUCUGCGGAUUUAGUCCUGCAUUAUCUACAUGCAGAUGGGAUCAAGAAACCCUGAGGUGCAAUGGGGAUGAUGGAAAUGUGAGACAUACCCCGAAAUUACGAGAAAUCCAGCGGGUGGAAAUGGCUAGAGUGAAGAAAAUCUCCUUUGCCCAAACGGAUGUACCAAACCUGCGUUAUCUAGCAAUUAAGAACUCCCCUACACUUUCAUGCAGAAAUUUCACAAACUGGAUGCUAGAUAUCAACGUUACGAUAACGAUCAACGACAGAAAGUGUAAAAAUGUUGUGACAACCCUGCUUCCCAAAACUAUGAGAACAAAGUCUCCAAGAAAAGUUUGGAAAACGAAAUCUACCACACAAUCCACCACACUUUCUACCACCGAUUGGACUAAUAACACCACCCUUUCAACUACUACCUCUUCAUCCUUAGAACCUUUUAACUUAACACCUCAAUUGAGUGAAGCUGUACUCAUCCUUACAUAUUUAGUCAUUGGGAUGUUUCUCGGGGCCUUUUUCACCGGGUUUGGGGUAGCCCUUUGUCUUAAACAGCCAUCCUUCUGGAAUAGAUGUUGGUGUAGAAAAGCAACAGUGCGUCGCGUGGAAACCAUUCGCUUUCAGAACACCUCAUAUCUAGCAUCAGCAAGUGGGUCUGAUGACACCCUCUUCACUCAUUCCCCUCUCCAGUUGCCAGACUCAACUACGCCAAGGAUUGAACAUCAGCAUCUAGAGUGAUGUGUUUAAAACUCAGAAAACGUUGUGGGGAAUGAAAAUUUAAACCUUUCAAAUUUCAUUUUCAAUAUAUUUAAACAUUCCAAUCAUCAUUUUCAA